AUGCCGUUGAAUAUAGUACAUGAUGGUAAUGGAUUUUCCCGAAUCAUACUCACGGAGCCAACUGGGUCUUCAGCAGAGGUGCUUCUGUAUGGUGGGCAGGUUGUUUCGUGGAAGAACGAAAGACGAGAAGAACUGCUCUUUAUGAGUAGCAAGGCUAUUUGGAAACCACCUAGAGCCAUCAGGGGAGGCAUACCUGUCUACUUUCCACAGUUUGGAAAUCUUGGUUCACUGGAGCAGCACGGAUUCGCAAGGAACAGAUUGUGGUCAAUAGAUAAUGACCCCUCACCUUUGCCUCCAACUAACAAUCAGUCAUCAGUGGAUUUGAUCUUGAAGUCUGCUGAAGAGGAUCUGAAGACCUGGCCACGUAGCUUUGAGUUGCGGCUUCGUAUUUCUCUCAGUGCUGGCAAGCUCACUUUGAUUCCCCGCGUUAGAAAUAUGGAUAGCAAGGCGUUCUCCUUUACCUUUGCUCUGAGUAACUACUUGUCUGUAUCUGAUAUCAGUGAAGUGCGUGUUGAGGGCUUGGAGACACUUGAUUAUUUCGACAAUCUGGCGCGUAGAGAAAGGUUCACAGAGCAGGCAGAUGCUAUUACCUUUGAUGGCGAGGUCAACAGAGUGUAUUUGGACACCCCAACUAAGAUAGCCAUGAUAGACCAUGAGAAGAAGAGAACGUUUGUUCUGCGGAAGGAUGGCAUGCCAGAUGCAGUUGUCUGGAACCCUUGGGACAAAAAGACCAAGAUUGUCCCUGAUUUGGGGGUUGAGGACUACAAAACCAUGUUAUGUGUAGAUUCUGCAGCCAUCGAAACCCCAAUUGUGUUGAAGCCUUUCGAAGAGUGGAAAGGCCGUCAAGAACUCUCUACUGUUUCAUCAAGCUAUUGCAGUGGGCAGUUGGAUCCUCGCAAGGUGCUUCAUGGCUUUCACUAA